CUUUAAUUCAACAUCAAGGCCAACAGAAGAAUGCCAGCUUGGUUAGUAGACGCAGUUCUGGCGAGAUCUUGACUUACCACAUCAGUCAUUCUAUUCCCCCCAAGACCAACGCCCGACGCCUCAUGCCUAUGAACAAGAUCGUGGGCUUGAGGCUCGAGAGACACAGCAUACGCGAUGGCCGACACACGGGACCCAACACCAAUAGAUGACAGGGUCGAUAAUGCGAGAGAGCAGGUCACGUCCCCGAAAGAAGAGUUCCCAGCGAUCCCAGACCCCUCCCUCGAAGCACAAUCAUCACUGUCAACAGAGCCGCCACAGAGCUCGUCCCCAGCACAAGCAGUCCAGACCACCACCACUGCGACAGUUCCCAACCCAACCGACCCGACAGCCGGCAGCAACACCCUCGUCUGGCUUCCCCCGUCCCAAUACAGCGCGAUACGAGACAAGUGGCAGGACCAGUUCAUCUGGAGCCCGACAGCAUUCGCGAGCGAUCUGCCGGUCAACCAGACAUCGUUCAUCAGCGUGAACCGGUCGCGCGAGAACUCGGCCGUUACCAAGCCGCCGUUCUCGACACUUGCUGCUGCAGGGCAGAUCGAGGGCGUGGAGACACUGGGAGAUGUUGCCGAACCAGUGCUGCAGGGAAGCAGUGAUGGCGGCGGCGUUGAUGGGGAAGAUCAGGGCAAGGGCGGCAAUGUCGAUGGCGACAAGGAGAGGGACAGGAGUGAUCAUGCUGGUCAUGAACAGCAGGAGGAAGAUGACGAGCUAGCUGCGGCAGGCGGCCAAAAACAGCCAACCACAGCAACAGAGCAAAGAACAACUAGAUCACAACCACAACAAACAACACCACCAAGCAAAUGGGCCAAGAACCGUCCAGCGAAGACGAAACACUGGCACAGCUUCCACCUCCUCAAGAACACUGGGGCGCGCAGUCGGCGGAACUCGUCCUCGUCACAGACGAGUAAUAGCAACGACAACAACGCGGGCAGUGUUCAAGUACCGAGCUUGCCAGGGCGGAGGCAGCCAAUCCGAGGACAGAAGGGCGGGCGGACUCAAGGAAUCGGCCGGAUUCCGGUGCUUGUGCCCCAUCCAAAGUCGUACGAGGAGGACGAAGAGAAGAAGAAGGCUUCCAAUGCGAGGAAUCGGCAUCGGUCGAGAAGUGGACAGUCCAGAGGCAAGUCCCGAAGCAAGGGCGGCAGUGGCGAUGGUGGCAAGGGCGAGCCGACAAAGUCGCUUCUCACACCAGCCGCGGCCGCAAGUCCAUCCAGAACAGCAAAAGCUGCGAAACCAAAAUCCGGAACCAUGCAAGCAGCAGAGCAGGCCGUCCAGGACGCAGUUCGGCAACAGACCACAGCGAGGGGAGGCUCAGUAGCGAACAACACCAUCAUUGUGGCCGAAAUGCCCGAAGAUGGCAAUGACACACCGCGAAAGCCUCUCGUGCUGCCAGCUGGAGCGGCUCAAGCCCGCGGGCCGCUAGCGGACAUCGCGGGCUCGAACUUGCAAGUGCCUGAGGGAUCCAGCCGGAGUCGGAAGACGCGGCGAAGUCCUAGGCGCCGUGCAACUCUUGCUGAGAACAACGCUUCCGCCGCUGGCACGCAGCAAAGUCAAUUGAUACAGACUCAACCUGGCAGGAGCAAAGGAAAGAGCAGUGACAAGGCCUUGGACGCAAAUCGACCGGGCAAAGGCCGCUCGAAGCAGCCCCAGCCAACGACACACUCCCUGCCGGCCGACUCGAACAACUCAAUCAUUAUCUCCAAAAAUGGCAUCAUCCCGACUUCCCCAUCAGCGAGAUCAGUUCCGACGACAGCAGUCUCCAAGCAGAAGACGUCGUCAUCGCAGAUCUGCGUCAAUCUGAACAUUAACCUCGAUGUCGAGGUCCAUCUCAAAGCGAAGCUCCAUGGCGAUGUGACACUAACGCUCUUUGAAUAGAGUCACACAACACACAACGAGCACAUAUAGUUGCAAGGAAUUAGGCUGAUUGCAUUCCUGUCUGACAAAAUUAUAAGCGAAGUACAAAGUCAGACAUACUGCCCUUUUAGGACAACCCUCCUGUUUUGGGGAACUCGGUCACAUCUUAAAGCCACCCGAUCUGUUCUUCUUGCAGUCAAGUCAAGUCCGUGCACGGCUUAGAAAUUGUUCCGGCCAAGAUUGUGUCCCCCGUUUAAAACAUAGAGCGCCGCCCAUGCUCCUG